AGCAUCAGAGGCAGGACUGCGAGCGCGACGAGGAUUUAGCAGCAGUCGAGUACCCCCUCCAGUCAGUCCCGGAGCGCGCGCAGAGUGGAACACACUUGAACUAUGGAUCUCAAAGUGAUCGUGCUGUUGGCCGUCCUCGCAGUGACAAUGUAUGCGCCCGUUUCUCACGCCAAGCCCAUCAGUCUGGUGGAGAGGUGCUGGUGUCGGUCCACGGUGAAUACGGUCUCCCAGCGCAGCAUCAGAGAACUCAAGUUCCUUCACACACCAAACUGUGCCUUACAAGUCAUUGCCAAACUGAAGAACGGAAAGGAGGUGUGUGUGAACCCUGAGACCAAGUGGCUCCAGACGUACCUGAAGAACGCCAUAAACAAAAUGAAGAGGACCAAACAGUGAGAUGACUGCAUCCAAGCAGCAGCGGAUCAGAACCCCCCCUACACACAGACACACACAGACACACACACACACACACACACACACACACACACACACACACACAAACACUCCAGACAUCUGAGGGUUUCAUUGUCACUCCAGCACUUACUCAGCCAAUCAGCUCUCUUCCUCUGCCAGCCAAUCAGCUCAAUUUUACGUCAGCCAAUCAAGCAGUCAGUCCUCUUCAAUACCAGCCAAUCAGUUUCCUUCAUCUUCCAACCAAUCGUCUCGCUUCAUCGGUCAACCAAUCUCUGCCUCGAGGCACCUACCCAUCAAGCAACUGGAGCUGUCAAUCAAGUCAAUCAAAUAUCCGUCCAAUCACCUCUUCAAAUCCCUCAGAGACUCCUCCUCCACACAAGUGUAAUUAUAUCGUAUAUAAAUGUUUAUUAUAUAAAUAUAUAAAUGUGUGUCUGUACGUCUGAUGUAUAUACCAUGAAUUUUUUUACCUAAUAAUCCAGUAAAGCGUUAUUUUUGGAGUAGCCGUUGCAUUUACGCCUUUCUCUCUGCUGGUGGGGGUGGGGGGCAUAAGGAUCAGCAUCUUGGGGGGGGGGGGGGUUGCAAGGGGGGCAUCUGUGUCAUCUACGAUAGAGAAGGAGGCCUUCCACACACACGCAGCAGAGGAAAGGGUUAGUGUGCGAGAGAGAGAGAAAGAGCACACAGAGGAAAGGUUAGUAGAGGCGUGUGUAAUAGAGACCAAGCCCAGUCACGAGAACAGAUGAGACAUGCAGAUGGCAGCUCAGACCUGUGCCGUAUUCAUGCCAGUUCUGUGCCGCAUGCGUAACAGACCUGUGCCGUAUGUGUGCCAGUCUCGGCUGUGGUAAUAAUGGCCAGUGUCCACUAUCAGAUUUGUGAACGGUGGGAAAGUUCUGUUCUCUCGUUCUGUUUUCGGCUCAUGACAAGCUGUUUUCUUUCUCUGGAUCGCCAGCGUAAACAAGCCCCCAAGCAAACCGGUUUCAUUUUACUUUUCAGAGAACGUAAUGAGCCUUACUGGAAGUUGUUCUCUGUGUUCUGUGUGUGUGUGUGUGUGUGUGUACAACUGAACAUCUGGACAUGAGCACAAUGUUAAUGGAGCAGUCAGUGUAUGUGUGGCAUGCGGCGUAAUUGCAUCAUUAGUCCAAAUACUGGGUGUCACACAAACACACACAGCUCCCACUCUCUCACACUAAUGUACACAAACACACACACACACACACACACAAACACACACACACACACACACACACACAGCUUUCACUCUCUCUCACACACAGAUCUCUCUCACACACACACACACACAGAUCUCACUCGCAAACAUACCAAGCCUUAGCCCAAAUAAUCAACAUCUCCUUCCCACAAAACCAUUGUAAGGACAAACAUCUUUCACACACACAAACCCAACACUGUCCUCUUACAUCAACGUACACACACACACACACACACACACACACACACAACACUGACAUGAACAUACACACACACACACAACACUGUCCUCUUACAUCAACAUACACACAUACACAACACUGUUCUCUGUAGCUUUGUCAUAUCUACAGAUACACUCAUAGAAAUGCAUUAAGGGCUAACCAGUUAGCAUAUACAUCCAUAGAAAUGCAUUAAGGGCUAACCAGUUAGCAUAUACAUCCAUAGAAAUGCCUUAAGGGCUAACCAGUUAGCAGAUACAUCCAUAGAAAUGCAUUAAGGGCUAACCAGUUAGCAGAUACAUCCAUAGAAAUGCAUUAAGGGCUAACCAGUUAACAUAUGAGCUGGGGGCGAUCAGGGUCUAAUCCAGUCUAGAUUCAUCAGCAUUAGCAUUGGAAUUAGCAGUAGCAUCGGUCUUUAAUUAUCUGUUGUCUAUAAGAAAGUUGGCUACCUAUUCACAUUUAUAUACUUUGGAAUAUGAAGGCACUUUAUAACAGAUUAUUUUGUAUGAAAAUCUGUGUUUUUCUCCUCUACAGCCACAUGUCUAGCAUCCUUCCAGUUAUGUAUUAUAGUAUCCAUGGUAUUACAGUUUUACUGAAAAUAAAUAAUUUUUAUCCAAAAAAAAA